UCUCAUUCCGCAGUCAAGAUGCACUUUUCUCGCGUCGUCGUGGCCCUGACGGCCGUGCUGCUCACCGUGGACGCCACCUUCAUCAUCGGCACCGCCGGCACGGUCGGCGUCGGCGCCGCCAGCGCCGGCAUCGCGCUGGCCGGCGUCGCUGGUCUGGCGCUGGGCGCCGCGCUGGUCGGCGGCCUGGCGCUCAGCCGGCGCGGCAAGCGCUCGGUGGCCGCGCAGCAGCAGACCGACAUGGUGCUCGACAUGGUGGCCGCCGCCGACGUGUACGGCUGCGCGCUCAAGCUGGUCUGCCUGGUGGAGGCGCGGCCCGAGCAGCAGCUCACCGCCGAGGACGAGCUGAUCGUGCAGCUGUUCGGAAAGGCGCCGGCCGCGCUCACCGAAGAGCAGGUCAGCACGCCGCGUCAGGCCUACUUCUACGCCGCCUACCUGGGCAGCGCCCAGGGCGCCGAAGCCUGCCAGGCCGUCUUCCACACCUGCGAGGUCAGCUACGAUGCCAUGAUGGCGUACGUGCGCGCGCUGCGCUCGUAAGCAGCCGUCGCGUCCGUCACAUCAUCGUAACCGUCAUCCGUCAUCCGUCUCAUGUCACCCCGUCAUCGGCCGUCAGCCGGGCCGGGCCGGGCCGAACGCCGACCGAUCUCUCUCGCCCGCAGCUGCUCCCCCUCGACUGAGCGUGUCAGCGCCGCGAAUGUGUCCCCACUGGGGCAAAAUUCGUGUGCGGCAGCCUCGUCUUUCUGCCGUCUAUGACAGGGACACCACGCCGUGAGUCGUGAGACCUCGAAUGCCAUCGACACAGUGGGCUUGUGACGGCGCUGUCGAGCAAGAACUUGGUGGGUGAUCGAUGGUUUAGACUUUAGACAUGAUGUGAAUGUGACGGUUGUGAUAUAUUGCAUUAUUAUAAGUGUCCGAAAUAUUUCAAAUGGUAGCCUACUAAGAAUGCAUCAUUACAUUCUUGCUUUACUUA